GCAGAAACAAUAGAAGGCGCCAGAAAUGCGUCUCCCACCUGGCCAGCAGCUGCACUCAUAAAAUCCACCUGCCUUUGAGACCCCACACUACCGAGGACUCCCAGCUUCCAGGGGAGGCUCACGCUCAGCUCUCACCCUGGGGCAGCCAUGUGUGGGCUCCUGGGGUGGCCAAGGUGGGUGAUGAGGACCCGGCCCCUCGGGUCCUGAGUGACAGCUGCGGCUCUCGCCUCAGAGGACAGGUAGGGAGGGGGCAGCUGGUGCUGCGCCCCACCCUGAUGGCUGCAAGUCCCCCCUCCCACUGGGUUGCCUGGAGAGACCAAGCUCGGCCCAAACAAACGCUCCUCCCUGGGACUGGUCAUCAGAGUCUGUCCAAGGUGCUGUCUGGUGUCCUUAUCACAGCUCUGCUGUUGCUCAGGGCUGACCCCUGCUCCCCUGACUUGGCAAACAUGGUAGUGAUACGGUUGCCAGGGAAACCUGGCCCCAGGCUUGGCUGCCUGUCGGAGAGGGGCUGUGGUCAGGGGUGGCUGCAGGGAUUCUGUGAGGUGUGCCUGCAGGGUGGGGUGAGGCGGCAUCGAGGUGCUGGGCUGCACCUGGCUGCUGGCCAAGCUCUGGGCGGGUGGGGCAUGGUGAGCUUCCAGGGCUUUCCGGGGAGUCCCAGCCAGUGCGUCACACGUGGCAGGCUGGGGAGCGGAGAGUCACGAGUGGGCAUCGAUGUGGCUGGGCCCUGGUGCGUGACAGCCGGCAAGGGAAGCGGACCUUGUCUUGGGGGCCUCGAGGCUGUCAGGCCACGUCCCCUCGGGGAGGACAGCCCUCACCCUGGCCAGACGCUUCUCCCCUUGGGCCCCUGGUUUCCUCAUCCACAAAGUGGGGUCCAGAGCUCACCCCGGGGUCCUUGCAGCUAGAGAGGUCAGGUUUCCCGCUCUCCACAUUUUCAUUUGUGUGACAGAACCAGAGCCCCUCCCGCCUCCGUCCCGCCCCCAGCCCAGCGUCCCCGGCCCCGCAGCUGCUCCCACACAGUCGGGUAGCCCUGUGAGGAUACAGGGGGAAGAUGCAGGAGGAACCCGCCCUGCGACACCUGCCAUCUCUGACUCCCAGCUUCCAGUGCUGCUGUAGUCCAGCCCCGGCAAACACAGAGAGCCAGCCCUGGACGGAGCAGGAGCAAAGGCUGAGUGGCUCACGGGGGACCUGGAGCACCAGGGCUGGGCAGAUCCCAGGGAUAGGUCCUGCUGUGGGCAUACCUCAGGCAUGACGCACCUGUGGAUGCUGGGCCGGGAGCAGGUGAGCGCGGAAGCCCCGCCCGGCCCCACUGGAGCCCUAUAAAGUCCAGCUGGGCUCCUCCUGUGCACACCUGUGCUCCACACUGAACGCCGCCGCCGGCCCGGCCCAGGGAUGAGGACCCAGCUGCUGUGGCUGCUGCCGCUGCUCCUGCUGGCACAGCCAGCCCAGGCGCUGAGAUGCCAUGAGUGCACCGCGGUGGGGAACUGUGUCCAGCCCAUCACUUGCCAAGACGCCACCCGCUACUGCCUGACCACAUGGAACAGUCCCCCUGGCCAGAGAACGUUUGUUAUCAAGUCCUGCGCUUACACCUGCCCUGGCUACCAAGAGAGCCUGGCUUACUCCAGGGCUUCCUGCUGCAACACGGAUCUCUGCAACGGCGCUGGGAGCCCCAGGGCCCGCUGGGGGCUGCUGGCCCUCAGCCUCGGCGUUGCCUACCUCUGCACGUAGCAGGGCCUCGGCCCUUGGAAGGUGCAAGGCUGCAGGACUAACCAGGUCCCCUCGUGCCACCAACUGGCUGUGUGACCGCAGGCGUGGCACCUCGGAAGGAUUCCAGAGAGAGUGGGCAGAGCGUGAGCCUGGCUGGAGACCCUGGACGCAGCAGCGCCUGUGCCGGUGCUGGCUGCUGUCCAGGGUGCUGUUUGGGGGAGUUUGCCCCCUGCUGGCCUCUGGGGCUAGCGCAGUUAGGCACCACGCCUGCAAAACCUGGUGCUAAUGCCAGGGUCGGGGCAGGCACCCUGGACACCCUCACUGUGGCUCUGGGGACCCUCAGAGAGUCUGGAGUCCUCCUCCACCACGUCAGCUGAGCAGGAGACCCCAAUGGACGCCGCUCCUCCCCCCUUGCCUGGCUCUCAAAUGGGCACCUGUCGUUUGGAACGGAAACUCUGUAAAUGGGAUUGGAAACCGGCCAGCCUGUGGAGGAAGGCCGCUGCCCACAUGGCACAGAUGCAGCCCGAGGCACCGUGUGGUCAGCGCUGGUGACAGCUGGGCAGGGGCAGCCAGCGCCAAGCUGCAGCUCGUGGUUCCAGAAGGGCCCCGUGCCUCUGCCAGGGCAAAAGCUUCGACCGCAGCCAGAACUCGGCGCCUGUGAAUUCCAUUCGACCACAACCAGAACUCAGCGCCUGUGAAUUCCAUUCGACCACAACCAGAACUCAGUGCCUGUGAAUCAUUGCAGACUCUGAGAGCUCCGGGAGGGGGCAGGGUCAGCACUGGGCUCCAGACGCCUGGGAGACUGGACUCAAGCCCAGUGUGACAGCCUUGAUCGGUUUGUGAGUCCUCACGGACCAGGUCCACUUUCAAUAAAAGUCCCCCCCAGAGUGG